AUAAGCGUUUCAAUGGUCGCUGCUUUCUUAGCCAUUGGGGAAUUGAUAAGGCACCAUGAAAUUAUUAGUUCUGUUGUCGAUAUUGGGACUAGCCGUUGCUGUGCCAGCUAUAGAUGAGACACAAGCUGGUGUUGAGCUAGUUUACGGAGAGGAAGCCUCAGAUAAUCCUGAAGAAAACUCUGGACUUUUCGAGGGAGAUAUUGACCUUUUACCCGGUGAAAAUCCUCUGCACAGAAACGCUGUAGCAGACAGAAGGAGGAGAUGGGCCAAUGGCGUUGUUCCAUAUGAAAUCUCGUCAGUAUAUCCAUCUGCCGUGCAGAACAUCUUCCAUCAAGCUAUGGCUGAAAUCGAAUCUAGAACAAAAGUCAACGGCAAGACAUGCAUCCAUUUCAAACCUCAUUCUGGAGAAACGGGAUUUAUAAAAUUCGUAACAGGAAACGGUUGUCAUACACCUGUAGGAUAUAUUGGCCGCCAAUCGAGUGUUACAAUUGGACAUGGUUGUGAAAGGAAGGGAACUGUUAUGCACGAGCUGUUGCACGCGCUCGGAUUCUGGCACGAGCAGAGCAGAACUGACAGAGACAACUAUGUAACAAUCCAUUUCAACAACAUACAGAAAGGUCAUGAGGGAAAUUUCAACAAAUAUCCGGUUGGAUACAUCGAUAUGUUAGGACAACCUUACGAUUAUGGAAGUAUCAUGCACUACAGUGCCUAUGCCUUCGCUAUUGACCGUUCAAAGAUGACCAUUGAGCCAAAGCAGCCUGGAGUGACCAUUGGUCAGAGAAUAAGACUCAGUGACACUGAUGUUAAAGAGAUCCAGCUUCUGUACGACUGUAUACCUAACUCAGGUCAUACCAGCGCUCCAGUGACCGGAUUUGUGACUGCUGCUCCAGCAACAACUGCUAAACCCCCAUCUGGCUCUGAUGUAUGCACAUUUGAGCACAACUUCUGUCACUGGACUCAGUCACAUAGUGACAACACUAACUGGAGACGUCAUGCCGGAAAAACACCAAGCUCAAACACGGGACCAUCAACUGAUGCUCAUGGAUCAACAACUGGGCAUUACAUUUAUGUCGAGGCCUCUGGACACAAGAACCAAGGAUCCAAGCUCGAUUCUCAGGCUUUCCCUGGCGGCGACUACUGUGUUGAUUUCUACUACCAUAUGUAUGGAUCAGACAUUGGUUAUCUUCGUUUGAAUGUCGUCUCUGGCACACAUGAGUAUCAUCUGAAACAAUGGAAUGGUGACCAUGGUAACCACUGGGUACAUCAGAGAAUGAACGCACAUAUCCACACAAGUGGAACCUUUAAAUUUGAAAUUGAAGCUCAUACUGGUAGCAACUACCACAGUGAUAUUGCAAUCGAUGACAUCAUCAUACAUCCGGGCAACUGUUAACAGGAUUAUCUUUGUUAUUUGCAGUGUUGUUUACUAAGUUUUACAUUUAUUUGUAAAUUGGUAUGAAUAAAGCAACUUUUCGGAU